UACCCUAGUGACUCAAGGCGCGUGCGGCUGGCCGCAGAACGCCAGUCUCUCUCUGCAGCGCUGCGUGCGACCGCUCCGCAGCUGAGGUGGGUGCCUGCCUCUGCCUUCGCGCCGCCGCUACCGCCAACACCACCGCCACCAUGCCCAACUUCGCCGGUACCUGGAAGAUGCGCAGCAGCGAGAAUUUUGACGAGCUCCUCAAGGCGCUGGGUGUGAACGCCAUGCUGAGGAAGGUGGCAGUGGCAGCCGCGUCCAAGCCGCACGUGGAGAUCCGCCAGGACGGGGACCAGUUCUACAUCAAGACAUCCACUACGGUGCGCACCACGGAGAUCAACUUCAAGGUCGGAGAGGGCUUCGAGGAGGAGACAGUGGAUGGACGCAAAUGCAGGAGUUUACCCACUUGGGAGAAUGAGAACAAGAUUCACUGCACACAGACUCUUCUUGAGGGGGAUGGCCCCAAAACUUACUGGACCCGAGAGCUGGCCAACGAUGAGCUAAUCCUGACAUUUGGCGCCGAUGAUGUGGUGUGCACAAGAAUUUAUGUCCGGGAGUAAAGGUGGCCAGCCUAUUCCUGCUUCAUGACAGGAUGCAAGUUCCCCUGAGGAGUAUGUCGCGGCCCCACACUGCCAGUGGGUCUUUCCUCCACACACCUCUCCCCCGUGAAUAUUAGGCAACCCCAUUUUCCCUGUUGCAAUGUUGUAGUAGCCUCCCCUCAGGCCCCCGUUGCUUUGUGCACCCCUGGUUUGGCAUUUGCAUGAUUGUACCAGUCAUUAAACUGGUUGGACGCA